GUCGAACAUUGCGACUGUACAACUUCCCGUUUUCGUUUACUAUUACUCUACCUGUGAUGUGAGACACCAAGUUCACCUCGCACCCUCGCCGUGCAUCCCAAAUCACGUCUCACCCUGACAAAGGCGAACUUACUUGCAAACAGUAUGGGCCAGCUCAACACAAAGCUGGCAAAGCUGUCAACACCGUCGUCAGCAAACACGUCCUUGCCUCUUCUGCAGCAGCAGCAAACAGAGGGUGAAGUUUUUAACACGGACAGGACUGAUGAUGUUUCUAACCAGACUUCUCCUCCUUUCUACGCUGAUCUCCGGGAGGCCCUCUACGCUUACAAGCGCUCCGCAUCGCCUCCUGUCGACACGAAAGUGAUGGCCGAUCCCCACCACCCACCGUCCAUUGCAUCGGAAGGUCCAGCCCCGGCUGCCGACCCUGAGCUCAUUCGAAAGAUCAUCGCUGCACUUGGUAAUCCGCGCCCCCUCAACGGCACCAGCACUCCAGCUGAGAGACACGAUAACGACAACGUCACUCAAGCAAGCACGGAGCCUACUGAGCGCGUCAACAUCACCCAAGGGGAAUCUGCAGCCGCCGAACUUUCAAAUACCAUUCAAACGGAGACAGCCCUCACCAAGCUUGCCAGCAUGGAUCACGGAGAAGAGGCCGCGGAAAUCCUCAGCACCUUUCAGGGGCAGAAUCCACCCACCGAGCUCGCCGUCGUUGACCCACGCAUCUCAGCAUUGGCAGGACGCGGAAUCAAAGUACCCGUCAAGGAGAGGAACGGCAGCAAUAAACGAGCAUUGACGCCCUCCUCCGAAGUAGACGCAGAGUUCGAAGAAGAUGACGCGCCACAAGCUCCACCAGCGACAAAGUCACCACCCACGAAGAAGUUCAAGCUAAGCGACACCCCUGAAGCAGUCAUGAAGCCUAUCAAGAAGCCCAAAAAGACCUACCGUCGUUCGAAGGUCAAAGCUGACAACGACGACGAUGACGAGCCCAGCAAUUUCGAAGCAGUCGUGACCGGCGCCGCACUACCUCGCACCCCCGACCAAGCCAAAGAAGCCGCCACAACGCGUCAUCAGCGCCUUCGCGCCCAACAGAUCCAGCGGAUCCCCAGCAAACGUACCAAAAAAGGCCACCUGCGCGGAGCACACCCAGACCCGGACCUCAUGCCAGAGUUCUUCAGCAAGGCCAACUUCGCCAAAGGUGAAGAGAACGAUUCCGUGCGUUGCGUAUGUGGUGCGGUUGAGGACGACGGCGAGGAUAUGAUUGCCUGCGACGAGUGUGGUGUGUGGCAGCAUACGACGUGUAUGGCAGAGGCGGUGCCGGCGGACACGAGCAGUGGCGAGUAUCGGUGCCAUGUGUGCGAUCCGUGGGCUCAUCGCGAGCUUGUUGCGGUUCUGAGGCAGGAGACGAUGUUGUGAGCUUUUGCGAUGGGCGUGCAACGCGGUGGGAAUGGUGUGAGAUUACGUCGGGCACUUGAGUACUGGGAUAGAGAGUGAGACUCUGGACGCCUAGCAUGAUGAGCGACGGUCAAUUGAGCAGCAGGGCUGCAGCAGGACAAGCAGAUGGCCAAGGUACUUUUAUGACAUGUGAAACACUGCAUCGCUACUUCCUUCGUG